CUUCACUCAUUACCCUCUUCUCCACACUCUGCAACCACUCUUCAAUCCUAGACUGUUUUUUCAAUUCUAAAAUUAAUCAUUUCAUUUUAUUUUCUUGAAUUUAUAGACUCCCAUUUGAAUUCUUACCAGUUCUGGCUAUAAAGGAUUGUUAUUUAUCUUCCAAAGCGUAUAAAAUAAACCCAUGAAGCAGCUGCAAGAUUUAAGGAGAGAAGGGAAUUUUCUUGGAAUGGAUAAAGGGUGUGGGUCUUGUGUGACUGUGGGUAUCAUGGGGUUUCGUGAGAUGGGUAGGUGUUGCUUCAGUGGGGUAUUGAUUGCUCUGUUGUGUUUUGGGUGGUUGGCGAGUUAUGUGGUGGAAGGGUACCCUGCUAACGAUCUGGUGGUGGACUUGCCUGGCCAACCCAAGGUUGGGUUCAAGCAGUUUGCUGGGUAUAUUGAUGUGGAUUUCAAGAAUGGUAGGAGCUUGUUUUAUUACUUUGUUGAGGCUGAGAAGAACCCUGAAAAGAAGCCCCUUGCUCUCUGGCUCAACGGAGGUCCUGGUUGUUCCUCCAUUGGUGGAGGUGCCUUCACUGAGUUGGGUCCGUUUUUUCCUACAGGGGAUGGCAGGGGCCUUCGAAGAAAUUCAAUGUCUUGGAACAGAGCAUCAAACAUCCUCUUCGUUGAGUCUCCUGCUGGAGUAGGGUGGUCAUACUCGGAUACAGCUUCUGAUUACACUACAGGAGAUGCCAAAACUGCCAAUGAUAUGUAUAUUUUCUUAUUGAAGUGGUAUCAGAAGUUCCCGGAAUUCAAAUCACGGGAACUGUUUCUCACAGGAGAAAGCUAUGCAGGGCAUUACAUUCCACAGUUGGCUGACGCUCUUCUGGAUCAUAAUGCACGUUCAACUGGUUUCAAGUUCAAUAUCAAAGGAGUUGCUAUCGGGAAUCCACUCCUUAGACUUGAUCGGGAUGUUCCAGCAACAUAUGAAUUCUUUUGGUCUCAUGGGAUGAUUUCUGAUGAGAUUGGCCUCAAGGUCAUGAAUGAAUGUCAGUUUGAUGACUACACCUUUUCAAACCCACACAACGUAACAGUUUCAUGUAAUGAAGCGAUAGCUGAAGCAAAUAGCAUAGUUGGUGACUAUAUUAACAAUUACGAUGUGAUCCUAGAUGUUUGUUAUCCAUCUUUAGCAGAGCAAGAACUGCGACUGAGGAAAAUGGCUACCAAGAUAAGUGUCGGGGUUGAUGUUUGUAUGACACUUGAAAGAAGUUUCUACUUCAACCUUCCUGAGGUUCAGAAGGCUCUUCAUGCUAAUAGAACUAAUCUACCAUAUAGAUGGUCCAUGUGCAGUGGUGUUGUAGAGUACAGUGAUACCGACGGCAAUAUGGACAUGCUUCCCAUUCUCAAAAAGAUAAUUAAAAAUCGUAUUCCAGUUUGGGUGUUCAGUGGUGAUCAAGAUUCUGUUGUACCACUUCUGGGCUCCAGAACACUCGUCCGCGAGCUAGCUCAUGAUCUAAACUUCAAGAUUACAGUCCCUUAUGGAGCUUGGUUUCACAAAGGCCAGGUUGCAGGUUGGGCAACAGAGUAUGGUAAUUUGUUGACUUUUGCCACAGUAAGGGGUGCUGCCCAUAUGGUGCCAUAUUCACAGCCAUCAAGAGCUCUGCAUCUAUUCAGUUCAUUUGUUCGUGGCCGGAGAUUGCCUAGUACGCCACACACUUCGAUAGACGAUUGAGAAUUGUUUCAUCAUUGUUUCAUGUUAGCAGCAAUAAUAAUCUCAAAGAGAAAAGGCAUUUCAAUUGUAGUUAAGGAUUUCAGUGUCUUGAUUUAAUUUCUAGAACUUGUUUCUAAUUAGAAUGAAUAGUUCAUAUUCAUAAUGGAUUUGAUAGAGUUUUAGCUGCA